AAAACGAGACCACAUUUUCCUGUGUGAAAUGCUACGAAAUUCGACGUCCAUACUGUUUCAAACCACACACCUUGCACGCACAAUACACACCACCGCCGCGUGCAAUGAAAUUCGCAAGCUGGCACGACUCCGUGUAGUGGACAACAGUGAAAUCGGCAAGCGUGCCAUGGCCGAGGGUAAACCGCCUAAGUGCAUCCAUGUUUACAAUAAACAAAGUGUCGGCAUGAUCGGCGACAAGGUGCUGGUCGCGAUCAAGGGACAGAAAAAGAAGGGAAUUCUCGUGGGAUGCAAACAGUUCCAGAAGCCGAAGAUUCCCAAGUUCGACAGCAACAACUUGGUGCUGAUCGAUGAUAAUGGGACACCGCUGGGGACGCGCAUUCACGUACCGAUUCCGACGAUCCUGCGCACGAUCUUGAAGGAGAAAACGCAAGCGAAAGGAGCGGACUACACGAAGCUGCUCGGUAUAGCAAGUAGAUUUGUUUAAUAAACCGAAGUGAAAGUG